AUGUUGCCGGUUCGGACUCUGGGGCGCACUUUCGGGUUUGAAACUCCGGUUGUUCCCGAGCGGGCGUUUGCUUUCUUGCGUUGCUUUGUUGCUUUCCCAACCAUGGCGGAGACCAUCUCGAUUAAUUGCCUUAUUUAUGGCGAUGGUCCCGACAGGGCGUUUACUGUAGAGAUCCAGGCGAGCGAUAACAUCAGCAUCCUCAAACAAUUGAUAGCGACGGGCAGGCGACUGUCGAGUAUCGAUCCAACGGACAUACAUCUCUUCAAGGUUUCCCUGACGCCAGACGAGCUACACAGAACGAUUCCAAACCCAAAGGACGAGCUCAAAUCACCGCUUGCAUUGAUAUCAACCAUCUUCAAAGACUUAUCGAGGGACAAAGUCCAUGUUUUCGCAGUCCUCCCUGAUACUGGCCUCAAACGAUCUGCUCCCGAGUCUGUGUUCCAAUUAGACGCACUCAAGCGGGCCAGGGUGGUGACUGAAUCCCCGUCACAGCUUGCCCAUAAGUGGAUUUAUGAAUCGCUACAACGCCAAUCUACCCAGAGGAUCUUUGACGACCGUCCUGAACCCGACUCUGAAAUUCCCCCUCUUGCGCUCCUAUACCAGGGCUUCGGAAUGUUCAUGGAUGACUUCCUCAAACGCAUUCACGUCAAGAACUUCCUGAGCACUGUCCCAGACUUCGUCGAUGUCAAGGACUUCAUGGGUGCUGUCGAUCAAUUCGCGCAUGCUAUGUCCCGGUUCUACAAGGAUGAAGCAGAGAGGCGUGAUGUUGGACUAUAUCAUCUCAAUGCCAUCAUGACCUCAACCGGUGUUGACCAUCCUCCUCGACUCUAUGCGGCCUUCAUUGGGAAAGUCAUCAGUGAUGGACAUGCGGUCACCGAGGACGGUUUCCCCAUCCACGUUGUACAAUUCAAGAAUGAAAUGGUUGGGGUCACCUCCCAUGCUGGCACUGAAGCCGUCGGCUAUGUGGCGCGCCUUCAUAACACUGUAAGAGAGGAACGUCCGACUGUUUUGCAGCCGUGGAGGGUGCCUUGCAUUGUUACCACAAUUGUUGGUAGGUACAGGAAUACCCUCUCUCUUCCUCGUGCCGUGUCGUUCAAGCUCGUCAUAGGACACGAAGUCCGGUUCUACGGCGUCAUCUUGCUCGGACACCAGUACCGCCAGAUCAGCCUUACACCAGCUCUGUCAUGUCUCCAAGGUGCCAGCGACGGGGCGGAACGAAUGUCCCUAUACGCCGCGUUCUUCGCCGCCGUCCGACUCCGAGACCGCAUCCUCGCAGAUCUCCAACAACACCUCGACAACACGCACGUCGAUCCCAUCCCACCUAAUGCAAUUCUCUUCCCAGCCGUUUCAAAGCUCGCCAAAUACGACGGUGUUGGCGACUUUGAAUUCAAGAUCAUAGACUACCGAUAUCCUCGAACAGACUGUCGGCUCCUCUAUAUCGCCCUUGCCGCUGAUGACUCCGCUGUCCUCAUCAAGUUCUCUAGGACCUACUGUCGUGAGCUGCAUGAAUACUGCUACAACAAGGGCUAUGCCCCUAAACUGCUUGGCUUCCAACAACUCCCUGGUGGGUGGUAUGGAAUCGCGAUGGAGUACGAUCCGGAGAUGGUCCCCAUCCACACCGAAAAUGACCGUGCGCUUAGGAAGCCGAUUGAGCAACUGAUGAAAGGGUUCCACGAAGAAGGGUGGGUGCAUGGAGACCUCCGAUAUUGCAACAUCCUCAGGAGCGAAGACAAGCAAAAGGUUUGGGUUGUCGACUUUGAUUGGGGAGGGAGAGAGGGUGAAGUCUGCUAUCCGACUCCGAGGCUGAAUGAAUUGUUGGUUGAAGGGAGGAACUGUUCUCAUUGGAAGAUUCGGAGGGAGGACGAUGAGAGGAUUUUGGAUUUGACGUUCACGAGGCUCGGUCAAGUGUAG